CAAAUGUCUCGUAAAAGCCAAAACUAAUUUCAAAACAAGACAACAGGAAAAACCAUAAAUUUGCAUUUCAAAACCAUUGCUCAAAUCCCCUUAUUAGCUGUUAAACACACACAUCAUAAAAAUCCCAAUAUUUAUUACCAUCUCAACCGUUCUACAAUCCUAGAUAGAUUCACAGAAUUGAAUGAAUCCUGGGAGUUCAAGAUUGCCCAAAUCUUUAAGUGUCGGAAUUUAUCACCACUUCAAGUCAAUUCAUCCGAUCUACUCUAUCUAUUUAAACCCUAAUCUUGGUGUAUCAUUACAACAAACUCACAACAAAUCCCCAAGUACUGAUGGGUUGCUUCGUUUUGGCUUCUGGGUAUUGACUUUCUCAUCUGGGGUUUGCAGUUCUUGUGAAAAAAAGAAUUCAGGAGCAAAUCAAAGACCACAAGAAAGCAAGAACAUGGCUCCUGGAGGUAAUGUUUACCAGGAUGUGACUGAAUCACGUGCUGCUAUUGCUGAUUACAGUGUCAAAUCUGCAAAUGUGGAAGGAAGAGGUGGCCUCAGAAUAUGUAAUUCUAUUGGUGGAAGGCCUGGAAUGGCAUCAAACAGUGCUGUUCAUGAUCUACUCGAGUGCCCUGUAUGCCUCAACAUAAUGUGUCCCCCAAUUCAUCAAUGUCCAAAUGGGCACACGAUAUGUGUGGUUUGCAAGACUAAAGUUCAAAACAGUUGCCCGAUAUGUAGACAAGAGCUUGGAAAUAUAAGGUGUUUGGCUUUGGAAAAAGUUGCAGAGUCCAUUGAAUUACCAUGCAAGUACCAUGUUUAUGGUUGCCAAGAUAUUUUAGCAUAUCACAGCAGGAUGAGACAUGAAGAAGAUUGCAAGCAUCGAGGGUAUAAUUGUCCAUACGCAGGUGCAGAAUGUCCAGUCACCGGUGAUAUUCCAUUCAUUGUUGCACAUUUGAAGACGGAUCAUAAUGUUGAUAUGCAUGAUGGCUCUAGCUUCAACCACCGAUAUGUGAAGCCUAAUCCUCAUGAGAUUGAGAAUGCUACUUGGAUGUUGACCAUUUUCAACUGCUUUGGAUACCAAUUCUGCUUGCAUUUUGAAGCUUUUCAUCUGGGAGCAGCACCGGUUUACAUGGCGUUUUUGCGGUUCAUGGGGGAUGAAAAUGAUGCUAACAAGUUUAGUUACAGUCUGGAAGUUGGAGGAAAUGGUAGAAAGUUGAAGUGGCAAGGGAUCCCGAGGAGUAUUCGUGAUAGUCACAAGACUGUUCGUGAUAGUCUUGAUGGGCUGAUUAUAACAAGGAAUAUAGCAUUGUUCUUUUCUGGUGGGGACAGGCAGGAGCUGAAGCUAAAAGUGUCUGGACGCAUAUGGAAAGAACAGUCUUGAGCUACAACCUGGAAGUGGAAGUCACUGACUUCCAGGUUCUGGCUCAAGACUGAUAUAGAGCCCCGUGGCUCUAAUCUUUUGGCAUUUUAGAGUCUAGUUUAUUGCUUGAUAUUUUUGCACAGGGGUGAAUUAUUACGGGGGAUGUUGAUGAAAGUUGCCUGGUGCCCAUUUAUCAGGGUAAACUUUGUCCGAAACAGAAAUAUUUUUCAAGUCAUUGUCAUGUUGUUGCUCUUGGCUAAA